UUCAAGUCCGGGUCGGGCUGAGCUGUGUGUUCCCCGUGCCUGGUGAAGGGUCCGCGCUGCCCGCAAUCUUCCCUCCGAGAGAGACCGAGCCGCGGUGGGCACGAGCGAGGAGCCGCCCGCCGUGUCCCGGGACGGAACAUCGAGUGGAGUCUGGGGAGCUGUGGGCCCGGGCCGACGCCUCCAGGUGCGGUGUGGUGCGGGGGACGCAGCGUCCGCGCUGAGGGGCCUCCAGCGGGCAGCGACCCCCUUCCCCGGCUCCCCUGCCCGCUCCGCCGGGGAGGGAGGAAGAUGCCGGUGAAGAAGAAGAGAAAAUCCACCGGGGUGGCAGCGGCGGUGGCAGAAGACGGAGGCCUCAAGAAGUGUAAGAUCUCCAGCUAUUGCAGAUCCCAACCCCCUGCUAGAGUAAUAAGUGGAGAGGAACAUUUUUCAAGCAAGAAGUGCCUGGCUUGGUUUUAUGAGUAUGCAGGUCCUGAUGAAGUUGUAGGGCCAGAAGGAAUGGAAAAAUUUUGUGAAGACAUUGGUGUUGAACCUGAAAAUAUUAUUAUGUUAGUUUUAGCGUGGAAAUUGGAGGCUGAAAGCAUGGGAUUUUUUACCAAGGAAGAAUGGUUAAAGGGAAUGACUUCAUUACAGUGUGACUGCACAGAAAAGUUACAAAAUAAAUUUGAUUUUUUGCGCUCACAGUUGAAUGAUAUUUCAUCAUUUAAGAAUAUCUACAGAUAUGCCUUUGAUUUUGCAAGGGAUAAAGAUCAGAGAAGCCUUGAUAUUGAUACAGCUAAGUCUAUGUUAGCGCUUCUGCUUGGAAGGACGUGGCCACUGUUCUCAGUAUUUUAUCAGUACCUGGAGCAAUCAAAGUAUCGUGUUAUGAACAAAGAUCAGUGGUACAACGUAUUAGAAUUCAGCAGAACAGUUCAUGCCGACCUUAGUAACUAUGAUGAAGAUGGUGCUUGGCCUGUUCUUCUUGAUGAAUUUGUUGAAUGGCAUAAAGUCCGUCAAACUUCAUAGCAACAACUGUAGUGAAGAAAAUGCAAGCCUUUUAAUUCCCGGUGUAUACAAGCUCAUGGCAAGGAGGGAAGAAUCCAAGGAUGCGUUUUUAUUCAUAUGAAAGACUUCUUAUAGUCCUUUUUUUCUUUUCCUUUUUUUUAAAGGAGGUUUUCUUGUUCCAUGUGAUGGGCAUUGAACCACACUUCUGAGACUGAAUAUGGAAAUUUUUGUUUCAAGUUAUGUUUUUAACAUUUAUUUCAGAACAAUAAAGAUUCAGAUUUGUGACAAAGGCCUUAAAGUGAAGAUGUCCCUAAAGUGUCAGAGUGGUAUUUAUUUUUGUAAAUCAAUUCAAUUUUUAAGGUUUUAAACCAGACAUUUGUGGACUUUCAGAGAUUUUAAACAAUCUUUAUACUUGGCAGUGUAGUCUUCUGGUGGUAUGGCUCAUUCUAGUCAUCUGUGCACAAUUAGGAAGAGUACUCGCCUCGACUUCCAACACUAUGCUUUUCUGAUGAAAUUAUAUGGAGUGCUCCUACUUUCUGCUUUGGGAUUCUGUAAAUGUUGCCAGGGUCUUAUGCAUAUAUCUUCCCUGAAGAAUUUAGAACUCGAAAGUCCUUCAUUUUCUGUCCAUUAAAUAGUAUUUUCAGUGAACAUAAAUGAGCAUUGCAUGUAUAUUCUUCAUGUAAAUUUUAAUUUUUUUCUCACUUUAAAAAGGUACAUUUAUGUUUCAAAGAGCAAUGUUGAUUAAUGGUUUCAAAAUCAGAUUCUUUGUGAGAAUAUAUUUGAAGUGCCACCAUUAUUAUUGACAUAUUUAUGAUAUUUUUGACUGUUAUUUUGUAUAGUUUUGUAGGCCUUAAACUUUUUCUCUGAUACUAUGAACUUAAUUGUAGUAUAUAUGGGGAAAGAAGACAAUAGAGAAAGAAAUCAUAAGAAAACUUUGUACACAACUCAGUGGUGCCACAGCAUUACUAAUUUUCACAGUUUACUGACUGUUGGCAAUAGCAUAUCCUAAAGAAAUGUCAGGUUAAUUUCCGUGGAAGACACUUUUUAGACUAGCAGCAGGCCUGUUCAUAUUUUCUAUUUCAUACCAUCCACAGUACCAGGAAUAGGAAAACUAAAAUUCAUAGUUAAGUCACAACCUCUGUAACAAUCGUAGUUUGUUUGUAUAAAUGCAAAGGAAAUAGAUUAUUUUUCCAAAAUAAUAAGUGUCCUACUGGGAUUUAAGGAAAAAUUGAGAUAAAUGUGAUUUCAGUGUUGUCUACUUAGAAUAGCAUUUUAAAGCUUUUUAUCAUUUUCCUUUCAUGUGCAGGCAGAAAAUGGUGGUCAAUAUUUUAUUUGCCUUCUUGAUAAAGAAAUGCUUUGUAUCAUUUUGGAAUAUAUUAGAGGGAAGAGAUUUUUUUUUUCCCUAAAUGUCACUUAAUUUUCUGUCAUGUUACUAUUAAAUAUUAGAAUCAUUGAAAUGUUGGACCUGGAUAUAGCAAUAGUGUUAUGACUUAGUGUCAUCAUGUUUUAAUAUCAACUCAACUUUAAGAAAAAGCACUUAGAUUGCAAAGCUUGAGUAAUUGGUUAGAAAGAGUAAGUUAAACAGUGUUUUUCAAUUUUUUAAAUUCUAGAACAGGUGAAAUUUCUAUGUCAGUUUUUGGCCUUAACUAAUGUUAAUGUCCUCAGUGUCUUCAUCAUUUGAGUAAAAUAAGGAACACACAAGACUUAUAGAUAAUUUUUUUUAAAAAAUACAAAGGUAUUAAGUUGGCUUACUUAUCCAAAGAUAUUGCUGAGGAAUUUCUAAGCAAGAAAAUGAAAAUGAAGUUUGUUUUCCUGACAAUAGACCAGACCCAGCAGGUCAUUUUUGCUUUACUCCUGCUUAAUAUUGGUUUCUCUUAAAUAUAUGUUACAUUUUCUUACUUUGGAGGCAAAUUUACUCUGCCUAAUUUAUUAGGAUAUGGACCAUGUCCAUUCUUGCUUAAUUUAUUUUAAACAGCAUUUAAUUUACUGAAAAACUUACCAAGAUGUCAGUUGGUUUUGGUAUUAAGGAAGGAGGACUGUCUUAAAGAACCUACAGUAUCAAAAAUAAAUUAACUGCUGUGGCUCCGUUUUGACUAGCUGGCUUUAAAGUGCCUUCCUAAGAAUCCUGCUGUACAUUUUCAGAGUUGUUUCCUUUAUGUGGGAUGAAAUGCUCUGUGGUGCUUUAUAACAUGGAAUCAACUUUCUUCUUAUAGAGUAGUGUAGAUAAAACACUACUGGAACAGAGUAGAGCCAAUUCUCUGAAAUGGGAGGGUGGAGAGGUGGCUCUCCACAAACACAACCCUGUGAGGCAAAUAAUUUCUUAACAUAUGCUAUCUAGGAACUUGCCAGGGAUUCAGGUAACAAUGUGAUAAAAGAAAUAGUGCUGAUCUUGUGUGUUGAUCUCGAUCUGCACUAGCAUGUUUGUUUCUUAUUGUCUAAAAAUUUCUUGUUUUUAAAAUGCUGCUGAUAAAAUGCUUGACACUACAUUUUUGACAGUCAUCUACGUAUGUGUAGUGUGUAGAUUUUGUUGAUUUAGUUUUACUGUGAAGUACCCUGCAUUGCUUUUCCUAAACUAGAAUUUGAAGAUCUUUUAAGUUAGAGGUAUUAGAUUGACCUUGAAUAUUUUUCUUAAAUACAAAUGCCUUUUCAUCUAGCAAACCAAAAAUUUAUCUCAACGUGUUGGGAAGAGUGAGAUGGGAAUAGAAUUUUGAGGUAACUCUAGUGUUUGAGGCAUAAAAGGUAUGUGGAGUAACUCGUUACUUUCAGAACAUGGAAAUACAUUAC